UGUAUUGAAUUUGCUAAAAGAAUUAUUAUAAUAGAUUAUUUUUAUAGAAUACAAGAUGUACGUAAGAGGUUAGUCAUCUGAUCUUCUACAUGAAUAUGCUUGAAGCUUUAAGAUCUUCUAGUGAGGUUAUAUGGAAAAUAUAUAAGUAAUCUUAAUGUUCGGUAAUAACGCACAAAUUGUGCACAAUGUUCCAACAAAAAGACAAAAGCGAAAUAGAACUUUUUCAGGAAGUGAUUCCUAAUGCAACACCAGAAACUAUGAUGAUUUUUCAAGAUUGUAUGAAGACAGAGGCUGUUUUUAAAUCUGCUCUUCCUUAUUCGUGUUUAAGUUCAUUACUAACAUAUUUUCUAACACCUAAGGGUUCGGGUAUGGGUAGACCUAUUUUGACAGCAUUUGUAGGUAUGUCAAUGUAUUUAUUUGGCAAAUUGACAUAUACACCUGUAUGUUAUCAAAAAGCAUUUGGUGCAUUACAACCAUUAAGUAAUCUUAAUGAGAAAAGAAAACAAUUGCAAAAUACUGAUGAUAUUGAUACCUCUUAUCAAGAUCAAGAAAAAUAUUCUAUACAUUUUGAUAAUGUAACUGAUGAAAAAUCAGUGUGGGAUAAUAUUGAUACGCAAUCUGAAAGCAAUACAAAUGAAUUUUAUGAUGCAACUGAUAAUUUUCAAGAUGAAUUAAAAAGUGAAUCACAAGAAAAACAGAAGAAACGUGUGACAUAUGAUGAUUUAUGGAUUCAACACAGAAAAGAACUGAAGAAUCAAUUUGAUAAUAUUGAAAAAAAUAAAGUAACACAAACAAAAUCAAAAUCAUUGGAAAGUCAACAGAAUAAACAUCCAAAAGAAUCAGCAAUUCCUGAAGAAGAAUUCGAUGAAAAGAAAACUUGGAGUUGAACAUAUAUUUUUAAAUUUUUAAUAAAAGUUUUGGUAGUAAAAA